GUUUUUUAAUCUUUAUCACGUCGAUCAAUCCGAAGACAGUUAACGAACGAUUAGCAAUCGGUUUGUUGUCAAUCCGAAACACAAUAAGAGCAUUCUUGUAAACAGCUAAAAGACACUUGGGUUGUUGUCAAUGGAGAAAGGAAAAUCUUCUAGCCUAUUUGUCAAUGAUGGUUCAUUUAUGGAGAGGUUCAAACAGCUUCAACAGGAGAAAGAGAAGGGUACUUUAUUGGAGGAAUCCAAAUCUGUCCCAAUUGUAUCUGGGACUUCGAUUCCUAAGCCUGUCAUCCCUAAAAGCAGCUUGGAGUUGAAGGCUAAUGAUUCUCGCAAAAUUAAUGUAGCUGCUUCAGGUGGUAAACUUGCUUUCAGCUUGAAACAGAAAUCAAAACUUGGGGCACCCCCUGUUAAGUUAGGUGAGGAUGAGGAUGAAGAUGAAGAUGAGAAGGAUGCUAGAAAUCCGUCAAGUAAAGGACUGACGAAACGUCAGAAGUUGGGUCAGCCUGAUGCAUCCAAGCAGUCAUCCAAACAAGUUGAUGUUGCAUCCCAUUCCCCAAUCGAUCCUACAGUGAAGAAAGUUGCAGACAAAUUAGCUAGUUUUGUUGCUAAACAUGGAAGGCAGUUUGAGGAUAUCACUCGGCAAAAAAAUCCUGGGGAUACCCCUUUUAAGUUUCUAUUUGAUGAAAGUUGCGCUGACUACAAGUAUUAUGAAUAUCAGCUUGGUCAAGAGGAAAAGGCUAUGUCAUUUGCCAGGGAUUCCCAAACAUCCCAAAGUGGUGGUGUAAACAGUGCUACUCCUAAUUCACCGGGUGAUUCUCAAAGUUCAGAUCAGCAGCAUUCGAAUUAUCAAAUUCCGGCCUCAGCUUUAUAUGAAGCUACUGAGAACACAAGAGCUUCUCUGACAUUGUUACAACCAGCAGCAACCGGAGGAUCUGGUGAACCUAGCAUGGCAGCAGGUGCAGAUCCUAUAACAAUGAUGGAAUUUUACAUGAAGAAGGCUGCACAAGAAGAAAGGAGGAGACAACCCAGACAAUCAAAAGAUGAGAUGCCUCCACCUGCUUCCCUCCAAGCAGGUCUUGCAAAAAAAGGUCAUCACAUGGGUGAUUACAUACCACCUGAAGAGCUUGAGAAGUUCUUGGCUACAUGUAAUGAUGUGGCUGCACAGAAAGCUGCCAGGGAGGCAGCGGAAAGGGCAAAAAUCCAGGCUGAUAAUAUUGGGCACAGACUUUUGUCCAAAAUGGGGUGGAAAGAAGUCCUGUAG